AUCUGUCGGUUUGAUUUCUAGUAGUCAAUAUGAGCAACUUAUUUAUUUGCUCUUUAUGCUGGGUUUUGUUCAGACAAAUUGCUGUCGCUACCGGUUGUACAUACCAAGUUGAGAAAGUAGAAUCGUACCAGGAAGAAGUGUGUAGCGAUAGAGCAAUUGGAAUAUGCUGGGCUCAUAAAUUGGUGGCAAGAUAUCGCAAAACGACCGUUACAAAAUGUUGCCAUGGAUAUGGACUGAGUCUAAUUCUGUCUGGGUCUUGUCGACCUAUAUGCAGCAGUUCUUGUCAUGGUCAUGGUACAUGUGUAGGCCCUGAGGAAUGCAGAUGUCAGAAUGGAUAUACCGGGAAAGCAUGUGAAUCACCUGUCUGUUAUCCUAGCUGUCAGCACGGAACCUGUAUACGUCCUGGCUUUUGCACUUGCUUCUGGGGUUAUACUGGUAGACGCUGCGAUACACCUAUAUGUAAUCCAGUUUGUGAGAAUGGAGGCCAAUGUAUUAGUCCAUAUACAUGUAGGUGUCCAGCGGGCAUGUUCACUGGUCCGAAAUGCAAAGAUCCCAUUUGCAAUCCUCCAUGUUUGAAUGGAGGGAAUUGCUCUCUAAUAAGAAAGUGUGAAUGUCCGAGUACCUAUCGUGGACCUGACUGCAAUACACCUGUUUGCUAUCCACAAUGUCAAAACGGUGGUACAUGCAUUUACCCCGACACGUGUUCAUGCAGGAAGGCUUAUACAGGAAAGCAUUGCGAAACACCCGAAUGUUCUUACCAUUCCCCUUGUUUUCCUGGGACAUGCAAUGAUUCUGUAAAGUGUCAGUGCUACGAAGGGUUUUCUGGUCAGAAUGGAUUACAUCGCUGCAAAACAAUGACUUCAAGAAGAAGCCCAACAAUUACUCGAUGUACUUCUAUUCUUGCCAAUAUUGAAAGAACUGGACUGAAGAGAGAACUCUAUCGCUUUAUAACGGAUUCAUCCGAACCAAACACUACUAGAGUAGAUACAAUGUGGCUCAAUCAAAAGGAUUACAAUUACAUCAACGUGGUUUUUUCAGCAUUCUAUAAUGAACCAGAAAACCUGGCAGUUCCAAAUUAUAUUACAAACUUUAAGUUUGGAAUCGUUGCCGGAAAAAUACAAAUAACCCUACAAAAAGAGGGCAGGAAUGGUAAAAUAAUAUAG